AUGAUCUCAACUACCCUCAUGACUUUCCUACUGAUUACCAAACCGGAGAUCCGGUCGGUCAAGCUGCUCGGAUCAUGGGAUAAUUUCUCCAAGCAAUAUGUGAUGGAAAGAGACAAGCGAGUCGGACCCGGACAUUGGAGAGGAUGCCAUACCUUUACCGAUAUGAUAGGCGAUGGACCGGAUAAGACCCAAUGGCGAACAGGAGGCCUGAAGAUGGGUGGUACUUACUGGUAUUAUUAUUUGCUCGAUAAUGAUAUAGAGUAUUACAACGAGGCAGAGCCAACGACCACAAUGUGUCCGCUUCUUCCAGGGCAGCCCAUGAAUGUGCUAAAUGUCCCUAUCAUUUUACCCGACAGCCGCACACAUGGACGCUCCGCGAGUGGCAGUUCCCAAAGAUCCGAACAUCUUCGGACUAUGAACCCCGAAGACAAGUUUAUGAACCCGCGGAAGCCGCCACCCCAACCCCAGCCUAUGCGUCUUCAGACAUCUGCAUCAGUCCACCGCGAACCGAGCCCCGCGCACUCUUCGGGUAAAUCUCCGAUGGCGGGAGUUCACCGGAGUGCAUCUCAACCGCGCAGUGCCGCUCGUAAGGGCCACAAGAAAGAUUCACGUUCGAUGUCUCCCCCGAGAGCCCGAGCCAUUCUAGCUGCUUUGAGGCAACCCGCCGAGGCGGAUAAGAAGUUCGACACAAUACAACCAGUGGAUGCUUCUAAGAUGGCACUGCAGCAGAAAGAGGCCGUUGAGAAUCGCCGCAAUAUCCCUGGAAUCAAGGUCAACACUGGAAUUGCGAUUCCAUCCAGCUCUCCCGACAAACUUGGCCCGUCCACCAUUCAAAGUCGUCGCGCGAUGAAAGCAACCGCUGGGGAAACGGCACCGGGCCGUCUUCUCACAGUGCAGACGCGUCCGGAACACCGCAAACGCAGUCCUUCUAGCAGCGCAGCAAACGGAAAUACCGCGGCAUUUGACGAAAAUCGUGCGAUCCGGGAAGCUCUGAAAGAUAUCGCUAGCUCCGGUGAUUUGCCUACGCCAACUGCCGCGUUUACCAAAGAAAAGAGGCUCCCUACACUCCCAAACACACCGUCUUCAGUCAUGGAUGAAGCAGUUCGCGCCAUCGACGAGAGAGACAAGGCGAUGGAUGGCGAGGUUCAGCGCAGUUACUUCUCCAGCAUGACAACAACAACCAUCGACUCUACCAACUCCCGUGUUGUGCCUGAAUGCAGCCGGUUCUCUGAAUGGAGCACGGGCACCGACACCGACUAUAACCCGCACGAAUCGAUGACAUCGGCCUCCGCAUCCAAUGAUCACCAGGACGAGUCUUUGGCCGACGAAAGAUGGAGAACACCAGACCUCUCACAGUCUGGCGAUGGCGCAACCAGUACCGACCCAAACACCCCCCACCUCACUGUCUAUUCCAAACCCUCGUCUCCGAACUCAGCAUCCGCAGAACUCCCUUCCUGGAGCGUCGGCCUCCCCGAACUCACCGUUUCCCUGUCCACACCUGGCUUCGACUGUUCCGGUCUGGGCAUCGAGAACAUGGAUGAAGUGGAGAGCAACCCCAAGCGUCAUGCUGCCCUAUUUAGCGCCCUUGAAUCCAUGGAGGCCCUCGCGAUGUCGCGCAGCCCCAAUGGCUCCCCGAUCCUGCUGCCCGAGCUCCCCAGAGGCUCUGACUCGGAACAAAAUCUUCCUACCGCAGAGCGGAAAGUGAGCGACACUUCCCUUGAGCGCAUUCGCUCCCGUCGCAGCAAUGCCUCGUUCCAAGGGAAUGCUACCAUGCAGGAAUUGAUGGAUGAGCUCAGUUAUCUGAAGAACCUGAUCCAGGCUGAUAUGGAUGGGGCACCAUUUUGA